UCCAUUAAAGAAACGUGAUAACGGCAUUAUAAGACUGAAAUUUUGCACUUGAAAACUGCUUGGAAAGUCUCUAAUCUAAAGCGAAGAAAACAGAGAUGGAAGGAAUUGAACACAGAACAGUUGAAGUAAAUGGAAUCAAAAUGCAUAUUGCAGAAAAAGGAAAAGAAGGACCCGUUGUUUUAUUCCUUCAUGGUUUCCCUGAACUCUGGUACUCAUGGCGCCAUCAGAUUGCGGCUCUAGGUUCCCUCGGCUACAGAGCCGUGGCUCCAGAUCUACGUGGAUACGGUGAUACCGAUGCUCCAGGUUCGGUAAACAGUUACACGGGGUUUCACAUAGUGGGUGAUCUUGUUGCGCUUAUUGAUCUUCUUGGUGUGGAACAAGUUUUCCUUGUUGCUCAUGAUUGGGGUGCUAUUAUUGGUUGGUAUUUCUGCAUGUUUCGCCCUGAAAGAAUUAAAGCCUAUGUUUGUUUGAGUGUUCCUUUACUUCAUAGAAACCCUAAAAUCAAGACUGUUGAUGCUAUGCGUGCUGCUUAUGGAGAUGAUUACUAUAUUUGCAGAUUCCAGGAACCUGGCAAGAUGGAAGCUCAAAUGGCUGAGGUUGGCACUGCAUAUGUGUUGAAAAAUAUCCUAACAACUCGGAAAACUGGUCCUCCAAUACUUCCCAAGGGAGAGUAUGGAACUGGAUUUAAUCCAGAUACCCCUGACACCUUGCCCUCUUGGCUCACAGAAGCUGAUCUUGCUUAUUUUGUCUCCAAAUUUGAGAAAACGGGCUUCACCGGAGGAUUGAACUACUAUAGAAACUUGAACUUAAAUUGGGAGCUGAUGGCACCAUGGCGUGGAGCAAAAGUCUAUGUGCCUGUGAAAUUCAUUACAGGCGAGUUAGACAUGGUAUACACCUCACUUAACAUGAAGGAAUAUAUCCAUGGUGGAGGAUUCAAGGAAGAUGUACCUAACUUGGAGGAAGUGAUUGUGCAAAAAGGAGUGGCUCACUUCAACAAUCAAGAAGCAGCAGAAGAAAUCAGUAAUCACAUUUACGAAUUCAUCAAAAAGUUUUGAGCUGAUCUUCCAAUGAAAUAAUAACCAUGCUGCUAAGUCUAUUUCGUGAUUCUUAUAAGUUUUGCAUGUGUUAGAUUUACUUGUACUCUAUCCACUUAAAUGUAAUAACAACACAACUGUGCCAUGAGAUAUUGGAUUAUAUCUUUCUGGUUCAAAACCAUGUUGAUAAUACCCUCUCAAUUUCUGAAUAAUUGUUGAUUUAGAAAAAA